GGCGUUGUGUUCUACGUCUAUUACGAAAUCUAGCAACGAAAUGUGGUUGCGGUGGACAAAAUAUGCCCGCUUAUCCACUCUCGCUCCGCAUCUCUUCUUAUCCAUUCUUCUCCCAAGCUACUUCUACUUCAAAUUUUCGUACAACAUUUUUCCUCACUUCUUUGAAUCACAACACCUCCGUUUAUUCCAGUGUUCUUCUCUGCCAAGUCAAACCCAAACCCAGUAAUUGUUCGAACAAUGAUUACAGUUUAUUAGAUACAGACGAUGAUGGCUAUGUCUUGGUAGAUGAGGCCUCAGAAUCGCUCUCUGGGGAUGGCGUAUAUAUCGAAAUAAAGAAGCUGGGGAGAAAUUCGCGGCGAAUUCGGUCAAACAUUGAAAUUGCCGCAAGUCUCGACACAGUGUGGAACAUUUUGACAGAUUACGAGAAAUUGGUUGACAUCAUUCCUGGUCUUGCUGUCAGUGAAUUGGUUGAAAAGAAAGGCAAUUUCGCUCGUCUUUAUCAGAUUGGACAGCAAGAUUUGCCAUUUGGGCUGAAAUUCAAUGCCAAAGGAAUUUUGGAUUGCUAUGAGAAGGAUCUUGAGAAUCUCCCAUUUGGGAAAAAACGUGACGUUGAAUUUAAGAUGAUUGAAGGUGACUUUCAAUUUUUUGAAGGACGGUGGUCGCUUGAGCAGUUCAGUAGAGGAAAAAGCAAAGAGAGUACUUCCUCCUCCUGUCAAGAAUUUCGGACUACUCUCUCAUAUUUAGUUGAUGUAAAGCCAAAGCUCUGGUUGCCUGUUCGCUUAGUCGAAGGCAGACUCUGUAAUGAGAUAAAAAUCAACCUUGCAUGCAUCCGGGAAGCAGCACAAAAAGUGAUUAACGAAUCUCUGCACGGUCAUUAACCUUAUUGGCUUAUUGGUGUGUAGUGACAGCUGUGUUUUAUAAUGGAAACUAUAAUUUGGUUCCUAGUCAAA